UCCUGUGUUUACGAAUUUGAUAUACCCGAGAUUAAAACAUGUAAUUUAUACAAUAAACAAAAUAUAUCAACUUUUAGCAAUACAAAACUUCAUGUGCUAUCACAGCACAUAGUUAUUAUAAAAAAAAUAUGUUACGGGACAUAUUUAAACGCAAUUAUGUCUGUUUAUGUGUGGGGUUUCGGUAAACUGGGUCAACUCGGUAACGGACAAACGGAAAUAUCCCACACGCCUGUGGAAGUUAAACUACGUGAAAGCUGUAGAGAGGUCCAGUGCGGUGGACACUACACAGCAGUCGUCACCGAUAGCGGGGCGCUAUACACGUUCGGAUGCGGAAAGUACGGCCGAUUGGGGACCGGGGAUGAGACGGACAGACGAACACCUGUGCGAGUAAGGAUUACGAAGAACGGGAAUGAAGUUGCCAUACACUCGGUUUCUUGCGGAAACUGGCACGGUGCAGCGAUCUCUAACGAAGGCGAGCUCUAUACCUGGGGCUUCAACAGAAGCCAUGGCGUGCUGGGGUCUGCUGAUGUCCCGCACCUUUCUAAACCAUCCCUUCUACCAGGCCCUUUCACUAUGAAGGUGGCCGGUGUGUCGUGCGGAAACAAUUUCACCUUACUAUGGACUACUGACGGGGUGCCGUAUUCGUGGGGUUGCGGACGCCACGGCGUCUUGGGCCACGGAGACGAGUUGCCAAGGACUAACCCAACCUUAAUUUGUCAGUUCGAGGCUGAUGUCUCGCGCGUAUCAUUCAUGAGCGCCGGAUUUUCGCACUGUGCCGCUGUUACCGAUAAAGGCGUCUAUACGUUUGGUAGAGGUCAAGGCGGAGCACUGGGUCACGGUCAAGGUCACCUGGAAACAACAUGUGUUCCGUCGUUAGUCAAGACAUUACAUCGCGAGUGUAAAAUUGUCGAAGUGAGCUGCAGCGUAGGUGAAAAACACGGACACACGUUGUUUCUAGACGCAGAUGGCCACGUGUUAUCGUGCGGUGAUGGUUAUAAAGGUAAACUAGGGUUCGGUGACCAAAUAUCCAGGUUUACCGCGACGCAGAUACCACAACAACACUUCAGUAAUGAAAAAAUACGUCACGUAGCGGCCGGUGGAAUACACAGCGCUGCUGUCAGUUUCGUCGGACACAUUUUCACGUGGGGCUGUGGGAGUGACGGCAGACUGGGUCACACAGACGGGAAGGGCCACCGUUACCUCUUUCGGUCGGAUACGCCGAGGCUGGUGGAAGCGCUCUCCGAGCGAGGAGUCGCCACUGCUAUAUGCAGUUCAUACUAUCAUGUUGCCACGCUGAUAAGUUGAGUUUAUACAUGACAUUUGUGCCCUGAUACACUUACAUUUUUACAUUAACAACUUAUUUGAGCGAUUUAUGUUUUGUAAAUAGAGUAUCCAUAUUACAUAGGAUCGCUAUGUCUCCCUUGCAACAAUUUUAGUUUGUUCAAUCACGUUGCAAUACCAGCUCAGGGAUUGAAGCUCCCAUUAUCCCGCAUAUAUAUUAAGGCAACUAUUGCGAGGAUUUUGAUCACGUUGCAGCGGCGUUUGCACGUGUAACGUUGUGUUUCGAUUGAUGAUUUUAUAUAUAAGAAAACACUCUCCACACAUUAGGGAUAAGGAUUCAAUUAUUGUAUUGUUUAUACCCUGAAAACAUACAGAUGUAGAUGAUUACCG